AUGAAGAUUGUAUUAGUGAUACUAUUAUUUAAUGCCAUAGUGUAUGGAUUAAACCCCGAGAAUGUUAAUGAUCUAGUUAAGAGGAUAGAACAACUUAAUGAUGUUGAGUUGUAUGAUUUAUCGAUGAAAUUGAAAAGAUUUGAAGGCUUGGAGAUCAGAGCCGACAAGGCUGAAGAGGAUAAGGAUGAUAAAGACGAUAGUAAUGAUAGUAAUGAUAGUAAUGAUAACAAGAAACACAAAAAGACCAAAGUAUUGGAUAUGUUGGUGAUUAGGAUCAUUAUUGGAAUAGGGGCUUUCUUCUUUAUAAAUGUGGUUGUUAUUACCAUUCAUCAUAUUUAUAUGUUAGCCAGUAGUUCGGAGAAGAAUUAUAGAUCCAUAGAACGAACCUUAUCACCAUUCUAG